AAGACCUCACCGUCGUCAAGUUCACGCGAAUACACUGUAUACCACUCUAAGUCUCUAACGCCGCUGCCCUUCCACCGUCGCCGGUACACUGAAUCGUCUUUAGCGGUAUGGAGGAAGACAUGGCAAACCGUCGAGUCUCGAGCCGUACUCGUAAGGUUGCUUCGAAGAUGGCGGCAGCUCUUACAAGCACCGACAAUCGAACCCAGGCUGCUAUAGCUAGGCUGGAAGCUUUAGAGAACGAUAAUGGAGCCGUGGAGGUGGUUGAUUUGAACGAUGAUGAAGAAGCCUCUCUCGACGAAGAAGAUGACCUCGGAUACGUGCAGAAGAAGCAACACAAGGGAUCAAAGCGUAAAACUCGACAAGCAAAAGCUUUGGAGGCUCGUAAAGCUCCCAAGUCCUUCACUGAGCUCUUGCAGGAGGCAAAUUUGGAAUCUUUACCGUCGCAUGUGCCCACUUACUUGAAAGCAGCAGCGGGACCUCCGACUUCGUCUUCUCGUCGCCAUUUCUGCACAGUUUGUGGUUACAUUGCAGGAUACAAUUGCUGCUUAUGCGGGAUGCGUUUUUGUUCCAUCCGUUGCCAAAACAUUCACAAGGACACUCGUUGUCAGAAGUUUGUUGCAUAGGAGAAUAAAUGUAAAACAUUUUUUUCAAAAAUUGUACUGAAACAUGACCACAUCAACGUGUGUUCUGUAAUGAAUGAGAAUGAAAUAGCCAAACAAAAAGCA